AUCAAUUAAGAGGAAAGUUGAAACAAUCGGUGAAACAUGAUUGUUUACACUAUUUAAUUACCCGCAUUAUGUUGAACACUUAAAUCCACAUUAACCAGAGAAACCAAAAGAUCAACACCAGAACACAAAUAGGAAUACAUUACCAACAGCCAGACAGCAAUCAAUUGAUCAUCUAAAAUCUUCUGUCUGUUCACCACUUCGUCGGGAUUCCAUUAAAAUAAUUUAACCACUAAUUAAUAAAUUACCACUUAAUAGUUAAACAGAUACCAGAAAAAAACAUCAAAAUGAUUUCAGCAAUGCCAGCUGUUGCUGUCCGUCGUGAGCGGGAAAAAAACCGGCAAGGAAAAUUAGUUGGUGAUCCUUUUGGUAGAGGUCUCACUUACCUUUCUACAUCAAAUCAUCAUUCGUAUCUUCCAUCUUCAUAUUAUCAUCAUCCUCAUCACCAUCAUCAACAACAACAUCAACAUAAUCAAAAUUCAUCUAAUCAACAAGCAGGAUCAUCAACAACCUCAUCAAACCGUCUCAACUCAUCUAAUAACAUUGCCAAUGAAGAGAAACAUCAUCUUCGUUUCCUCAUCUAUACUUCUGUUGGAUGCCUUGUUAUUGGAUUAAUCUCACUACUCAUCGGAAUUGUUACCUUUAAAUUGGCAACCCAGAUAAUUGGGAUAGUUUUUAUUGGACUGGGUGGUUUAUUUUGUAUCAUUAAAAUUAUACUCAAUGGUAAAUCAAAUUCAUCUCCGGCAACAACCUUGGAAUCAAAUAAUAACCAUUUAAAUUUAGCCAAAACGUCUUUGACUCAACCCUUGGUUGGUUCAAAGCAACCCAAUAAACAAAGUUCAAUCUCUAGUCAUACAAAGUCAACGGUUGAAUCUGCUGAUUGUUCAAACCCAAUGUUAUCAUCAACAACUGAACAAUGUCUGGAGGCAAGUUGAAGCUGAGUUUUUGUUUAUAUUUUAAAUAACCAUCGUAAAUUCAUCAAGUGUUCACUUCACAUCAUCUUUUUGCCUCGAUCGUCACUGUUCAACAAUUAACCAAAAAUGUUUAAUACUAAGCCUAUCACGUAACUAAAUUUCACCCUUUCAGCAACUUUCUGUUCAAUGUUUUCUUUCCCUGUUAUUGUUUACUUUCAUCUUUAAGUUUUUCAUAUGGAAAUUAUGUAAACAAUUCUGUAUUAUUAACUUUAUUGUUCAAAUUGUUUUGACCAAAAUUUAAACAAACUUGCACUUGGUUUGUUUAAUAUGGAGCCAAAAAUGUUGAUCAUUUUGAUCAACACUAAACUAAUGGAGCUACUGAUAAUGCUGCAAAGAUGGUUGGAUUAAGUUUAUCACGUUGGAUCCUUCUUUUCAUUUUGUUGGUUAAUUCAGUUGCAAAUCUUGGUUAAUUAAUUACGACUCAAUUUUCCAUUAACAAAAGUGUAUUAUAAACUCAAGACUUGACUUUCUCUGUGCAAUUUGGAGAGACCAAUUAGGAGAUAAUUAGGUUGAUUGGUAGUUAAAGCUGCUCUAAUUUAAUGUGAAUCUUCCAAUUUAUAAACAUCUGCAGUUAAUACACCUUUGGAAAUCUUUGAAAAAUUUAUAUUAUAGUUUAAUCAUGUUGAAACUUUUUUA